AUGUCUCUCAAACGCAAGGCUUCGUUUACGGCAAUCCCGUCCAACCCAUUCGCUCCUGCGCCCAGCAAAUGGGAAGCUGUCGAUAAUACCAAGCACCUCCAUAGCCGUACAAGAAAGAGAUUCCGCGACGAUCGGCCUAGUGAUGAACAGAUAUAUGGUAAUGCUAACGAAGCACCAGCGAAAACCCUUCGUUGGAUUUUCUCGGCGCAAAAGCAACAGGAUGCCCUAGAAGCUGAUGCGUGUAACGAAGCAAUGGAUAUAGAAGAGUCACCUUUCACGGCCGAAACAGUUGAUCCGCGACAACAAACCCUGCUGCAAUUCUUCCAGCCACGAGCUCAACCCUCAUCACCAUUCAAACCGUCCCGCGAGGCACUAGCUCCACGUGCAAACGAGACAGCUAUUAGCCAAGAAGACUAUCUGCGGCGUGAGGCAUUUCAGCAGACAAGCUCCACUGGCAGUCUCAAUUCAAGCGAGACGACGAGUACGACGUUCGGCCAAAUAGAUACCGAUAUGGAAAUGGAAAUAGACAUGGACAUGGAUACCGAUAGCAGCGGCGAGAGUUCGAAUACGGCUCCAAAGAUGAACGUUCCGGGGUGGAUUUAA